GACGCCUUUAUGUUAAAAGAAUCUUACACGUGUAUUUUUUCCCCCGAGGAAUAAAUAACUUGUGUUAUGGAAUUGCUGAAUCGAUGUUAAAAGUUUCAGUAAGGCAUUAAUUUAGGUUUCGUAUUGAGAAUAUUCUUUAUAACUUGAGUAAUCGAUUUACUGUUAAAUAAAUGGUUACGUUACAUGAUAUUUGGUACACUCCACUAUGCGUAGUUUUAUAACAAGACCAUGUGCAUAUGCUAUUUUGUGUACUGUACAUACUUAAUAUAAAAAAAUAUAAGAUUAAUUAAAGAUUAUUUUAGUACGGUGUUACUCUUUUUUUCCAAGAUCUUCAAUAUUUAAAAUGUCAAUUUCAAAACAUUUCAAGUUUUAUUUCACAAGUUAUCUUCAAUUUACAAAAUGUUUUUCAUAUUCAACUUGUCAGCUAAACUCAAAAUAUUUUAUUACUACUCCAAUAUUUUACGUUAAUGCAGCUCCUCAUCUUGGACAUUUGCAUUCCCUGGUUCUUGCUGAUGCUCUUCAUUCUAUUCAUAGAUUACUGGGAAUUCAAAAUACUAUAUUUUCUACUGGUACUGAUGAACAUGGUCUUAAAGUUGAACAAAGUGCAAUGCUACAUAAGCAAGAUGUACAUCAUUACUGUGACAAAAUUUCUGAAAAAUACAGAGACGUCUGUAAAAACCUCUCUCUAUCAAACACCCAUUUUAUUCGAACUACAGAAAAUAGGCAUAAGGAAACAGUAAUUCAUUUCUGGAAUGAAUUAGCUAAGAGAGACCAUAUUUAUGAGGGCUGUUAUGAAGGAUGGUAUUGCACGGCUGAAGAAGCAUUUCUACCAUCAUCACAAGUUAUUGAAAUAAAUGAAACAGGUGUGAUUAAAAAGGUUUCAUCAGAAACUCGUCAACCAGUAGAAUGGAUGAAAGAGAGAAAUUAUAUGUUUACUCUGUCUAAAUUUACGGAUGAACUUUUGUAUUGGUUGAAAGGAGAUGUGAUUCAUCCUAAAAUAUUUGCUGAUAAGUGUAAAGCAUGGAUUGUGGAAGGUCUAAAUGAUUUAUCAAUAUCUAGAGAGAAGUCAAGAUGUAAUUGGGGUAUAUCAGUUCCAAAUGACAAUUCACAGAUAAUUUAUGUAUGGUUAGAUGCAUUAGUCAAUUACCUAACUGCUGGAGGAUACCCAAAAGCAAAUUUUACGUGGCCUGUUGACUGUCAUAUCAUAGGCAAGGACAUUUUAAGAUUCCAUGGUAUUUAUUGGCCUGCAUUUCUGAUAGCUGCAGGAUUAGAGCCUCCUAGAUCUGUUUUAUGCCACUCUCAUUGGUUGGUUAAUGACGAAAAGAUGUCUAAGAGUAAAGGCAAUGUAAUUGAUGCGCAGGAAAUUAUUUCAAAAUAUAAAGGGGACAGUUUACGUUAUUUCUUACUAAGAGAAGCAACUCUUCCUUCAGAUGCUAAUUACAAUGAAGUUAAACUGCAAAGGACUUUGAAUUCCGAACUAGCUAAUACUUUGGGAAACUUGUUAUCGAGAUGUUCGGCUCCAGCAAUAAAUAAGAAACAGAUCUUUCCACAGUUUCAUCAAGAAAAAUGCUCUGAAAUGGGGAAUGAUUUAAUUAAAUCAGUACUUUCUAUGCCAAAUGUUGUUAAAGAAGAUUUUUUAAAAGGGAAUUUCUAUAUUGGCAUAAAUAAAAUUAUGGAUUGUUUACACAAAACUAAUGCUUUUGUAGAACAUCAAAAACCAUGGGAACUUGCAAAAUCAGAAGAAAAGUGUUAUGAGUUAGAUACUGUAUUACAUAUUGCACUUGAAACAUUGAGGAUAAGUGGAAUUCUUUUACAGCCAGUAAUUCCAAAUAUUUCAAAUAUAUUACUUACAAAAUUAGGAGUAAGUAUCAAGGACCGUAUGUGGACACAUUUAGAAUGUUUUCCACACAUUAAUAAUAAUUUACAUAAUCUAAGUGGAAAAAAUUUAGGAAAUGAAAAAGUGAUAUUGUUCAACAAGAUAAAAAUGUAAUUUUUUUAUAUGUAUAGAAUAAAAAUAUACU